GGUUAGUUGGCAGCCGGCUGUGUCUCGGCGGGAGGAUGGACAGUGAAAUCCAACGGGAUGGGAGAGUCCUGGAUCUCACCGAUGAUGCCUGGAGGGAAGACAGGCUGCCGUACGAAGACGUCACCAUUCCUUUGAGUGAGUUGCCUGAGGCUGAGCAGGACAACGGGGGAUCGACAGAGUCUGUGAAAGAGCAAGAGAUGAAGUGGACAGACCUCGCCCUGCAGAGCCUACAUGAGAACACACCGAGCACCGGAAGCUGAAAGACUAACACAGAGUCGAACUGUACAAAUAAAAUGCACAGACGUGGUGCGCACUGUGUCGGUUUUGACACACAAAUGUGCCGUAUCUUCUCUGCGCAUUGGCCUUUUACUUGGUGGUGAACUAUCCAUCAGUCUUAUUGUAAAACAUAAAAACAUUGUUUAUACUUUAUGAAACCGUGAUAAAUGUGUUGCACAUAG